AUGGAGGAUCAACAAUUGAAGCGGGAAGGUAGUCAACCCUUUGAUGAAGAGAAAAAGAAGCUACAGCUACUUAAUGCUGUGUUGAAAGCUGAGUUUGCUGAGUUGGAAGAAGAAAAAAGGAAGAUACUUGAUGAGAAAGAACAAUAUGAAGAAAAAAAGAGGCUACUUGAUGAGAAAGAAGAACUUGGUGCUAAGUUGGAAGAAAAGAGGCUACGUCAUGAGAAAGACCUUGAUAUUGAGUUGAGCAAGUUGAAAGCUGUGAAAGAAGAACUUAAUGUUGAGUUGGCCAAGUUGAAAGCAGUGUUUGCUGAUUUGGGAAAAAAGAAGAGGCUACUUGAUGAGAAAAAAGAACAAUUUUAUGCUGAAUUUGCCAAGUUGAAAGCUGAGUUUGCUGAGUUGGAAAGAAAGAAAAGGCAACUUGAUGGUGAGUUGGCAAAAUCAAAUUUAAAUUUGGCCGAGUUGGAUGAAUUGAAAGCUAAAUUGAAAGGUCAGGAGGUUGAGUUGGAUGAGUUGAAAGCUAAGUUGAAAGAUGAGUUUUCUCAGUUGACUGAGUUGAGGAAAACGUUACAGGUUUUAAAUGCUGAAUUUAGAGAACGAGAAAAAGAGAAGCUAUUUGAUACUGAGUUAGAAAAGAAGAGAAGAAGCUACAUCAUCUUCAACAUCAACAACAUGGAAAUGUUGCGACAACGAUUGCGACAGUACAAUCGAAAUAUUUAA